AGGCUUCCCAGAUUUUUGAGUGUAUCAAAGAAUCGAAAGCCUUACUGUAAUCAAUAAAAGCUAUGUAGUAUACAAGCUGGUACUCAUUGUAUUUUUCUCUAAUUUGUCUUACAGUGUGGAUGUGGUCUAGCACCGAGAAAUCUUUACGGAAUCCUGCCUGUUCAAUGGGUUGUUGCUCAUCUAAUUUCCUUCCUAUUCUAUCCAAAAUAAUCUUUGCAAAAAUCUUGUAAAUGUUAGACAUUAGACUGAUGGGUCUAUAGUUUCCAAUAUCGCAGUGAUUCCCUUUCUUGAAUAUAAGGAUUAUGAUGGAUUCAGUCCACUGUUUUGGGAUGAUUUCAGUGUUGAUCACGUAGUUGAAAAUUUCUGUAAGUAUCGGUGCCACUGCUACUUUCGUUUGCUUUAGUAUUUCAUUGCUUAUGCCAUCUGGCCCUGGAGUUUUAUAGUUUUUCUGUGUGUCAAUAGCUUUUUCAGUUUCUUCCUGCAUGAUGUAAGGUACCGUUUCGUACUCUGGUAAGUCUAUUUCUCUUUUAUUUGUGUUAUUUUUGUAUAGUUCGGUGUAGUAGUCAGUAGCGAUCUUGAGUAUUUCUUGUCUACCAAUUUUCUUCGCUCCUCUUCUAUCUUCCAUCUUAACAAUCCAUUCUUUCUUGUUAGUUAAUUCUUUGUACGCCUUCUUUAUUCCUCCUGUCUGUCUAAUAUGUCUCUCUAUUGUUUCCAUACGAUGUUGUCUCCUGUCUUUCCUAAUGUUUUCUUUACUAAUUCUUGCAAUUUCUUUUCUAUUUUUACCAGUAUUUUUCGCACUUAUUAGAACUGCUCUUUGGUUAAGGAGGUUGACGGUUUUUUCUGUCAUCCUGUUGUAUAGGUUCUCUUUCCUUUUGCUAUGUUCUUUAGUAGUGGUUGCAAUUUUAUUUUCCAACCAAUUGUAUUUCUCCUGUGUGUCGGCGUCUUUUGUUUCAUAUUUGUAGUCUUAAGUUUCGAGUUUAGUGAGUUGGCUAUUUCUCCUAUCAGAUGUUUGUUAAUUUUUAUAUUUUCCCGACUUAUUUUUGGUCUGGGGUUCUUGGGUUCGGAUGAGUUAAACUCAGCUCUGACCAUGCGGUGGUUGGUGUUAAAAUUUAGGUUAUUGAUGACAUUUAUGCUUGGAAAGAAUUUAUGUUUGUUGGUCAGUAUAAAGUCAAUUUGGUUUUUUGAUUUUCCAUCGGGUGACAACCAGGUCCACAUUCUGUUUUUCUUUUUCAUAUGUGUAUUAAACACCAUAAUAAACAUAUGUUUUUUAUUUAUUUUAAUUUGAUUGUUAGUCUUUUAUGUAAUAUAUAUAUUUAAUAAUUAUAUACAACAAUGUUAGUGAUGAAUUGCAACUCAUUUUUGUCAUGGAUUUUGCAAUUGCAAAAAAUUUAACUAGUUAGUGGUUUUUCCAGAGAAUCAACAGUAGAGCAUGCCGUUUAGUACAAGAUGAGUUCAGAGCUAUGUUCUGAAGAUGUGGUUCAGCUUACUGGUGGAGGACGAGCAGGGGUGGUCGCGGGCGGAGUCGAGCUCGGGCGCCAGCUGUUGCUGGCGGCUCGCGCGGGAGACACGGCUCUCGUCUUGGAACUAAUGGCGGCCGGCGCGCCCUUCACCACAGACUGGCUGGGCACGUCGGCCCUGCACCUCGCCGCCGCCAACGACCACGCCGACACCUGCGCCGUGCUCCUGCGCGCCGGCGUGAGCCGAGACGCGCGCACUAAAGUGGAGCGCACGCCGCUGCACCUGGCCGCACACGCCGGCCACGAGCGUGUCGUUUCGCUGCUGCUGGCGCACGGCGCGCCGCCCGACUGCCGCGAUAUGCUGCGCAUGACGCCGCUGCACUGGGCCGCCGCUCGAGGCCACGAGGGGGCGGCGCUCGCGCUGCUGCGAGCCGGCGCCGACUCGUCUCUGCGUUGCAAGUUUCGUCAGCGGCCUAAGGACUUGGCGCUGCGCCGCGGACACCGGGCGCUCGUGGCGCUGCUGGCUCGCGCCGAGCUCGACGCCGCCACGGAUCAGUUGGGGCAAGAAAAGAAGCCAUCACCCGAAGUCACCAAGGAAACGCCCGGACCAGAAACGAAAUCACCAGCAAAAACACAAGAGGACAAGCCGUCCGGGACGGAGAUGAAAAAUAAGGCGGCGGCGGCGCUGUUGCGGCGGCACGGAAUCACGCUGCUGCCCGCCGACACCGGUAGUACGCUGCUCACGGCCCUGCAGAGCGGACGCACCGUCGGCCUGUCCGGUAACCCUCUACUCUGUUGUCUUUUAAAACGAUUAUUGUUAUUUAAAACUAAACGAAAGCCCGAGGGCAGACGCGGGCAAGCUGCUGCUGAAGGAGAGCGGGGGCGCGAGGCCUCUCAAGAUAGUCCUAAACAGAAACAACCUCACGCGCCUCGUGGCCGUGGCGCCGCAGCGGCGGGAGUCGCGGGAGGAGGAGGCGGCGGGGUGCGGGGCGGGCUGCGGGGCGAGGAGGGAGCUGGCGGCGGUGAGGGCGGCGCUGGCGGCGCUCACGGACCAACUGGCCGCCGCCCAGCGCCGACUGGCCGCCUUGGAGGGCACGAGUCGGACCGCGGACUAGUCGUUAGAUACCUGAACCGGCGUCCUGUUAAGUUUUAAUUAAACUCUUUUUAAAA